AUGCGACACCUCUCCGAAAAUCUGCCAGAUAUAAAAUCACCUUUCGAACUUCCUCUAAUCCAAAAUCCCAUCUUUACCCAUUCCAACAUCGUCCUAAAGCCUAUUCUUCUACAUCACCCGCCUCCUUCCCUCAACCCUUCUGCUGCAAGCCUACAACUUAUGCACAUUGUAAUGCACAGGCUCCUUAUAAUGGGUAACUGCGAUAUUACUCGUACUACUGUAUCACUAGCAAUGAAGCUGCAGCCAAACCGAAGGCCAGCAAAACACAUGACGAGCCAUUUACCAAGAACCUUUGAUCUUCAGAAGUUCGCGGCGAACAUCAUCGUCCUGAGUGUCGUGUGCUGUGCGUCGGUGUCGUCAGGCUUCGAGAAGCUCAAAGACGAGCCAGAAGUGAAUGCAAAAUUCUUCGUCAAGUCGUAUUCUACGCGCACAUGGACUUUUGUGUCAUCAUUUACGUCCACAGUAUUUUACACCUGCUAUACUUCAGAAGAGGCCGAUUUUGUGGCGUGCCAAGGGAGAAAACUCCGGCGGUCCAGGAAACUUGAUAUUCCACUCGGGGAGGUGGAUGAGGAACUGUCUAGCAGUCUCGCAGAAGCAGAGGAGAAACAAGACACUGCAGAGAAACUCUUCUUCACUGUCUGGAGCACCAGCAGCACUACUGUCACCGUCACCACCUUCUCCACGAACAGAUCUGUCACUGUUUCAGUCCGUAUCUUGUGCACAUAUCCAGGAGUUAUGUUUAACGUCUGCUAGCAUGACUGCUGUGCUAUUUGUUCAUCGUUCAGUGUGAUGGUGAACUUUUCAGUAUGGUCAUUUUUCCCUGAGACCUCAGUCAACUUCAGACACUAACAGACAGUGAUUGUCAUGUAGUUGUUAAGAUUUGCUUGUACAUAAUUGACCCCUGUAUGUAUAUAAAAGUAUGUGUUGACAUUA